CAGACAGAGACGGUUAGUUUGCUCCCAAACCCCGUCAGUCUGUCAGUGGUCUGGAAAUGCCAAAGCGCCUCCUCGCUGCUCACGCGCUCACACACAAAGCAGAGGGUUCCGGUGGCGAGAGCUGGAACGAUCCACUGAUGCCGCUUCUUCGUUUAGGUGCUUAACUGCUCCUUAAAAACGUCGAGGGAAUCUCUUGUCCUCCGACGUUGGUUUUUUUUUUUUUUUAGUUUUUUUUUCUUUCUUUCUUUCUUUUGGUUUGCGGAUUUAGACACAGGAUUGUUUUGUGAUGGGUGGUGGAAGCGAAUCACGGAUUUUUUCUCUUUUUAUGGAGACCAGAGUGAGCCGAUUUCAUACUGUUGAAAGCAAGUUUUAUCUUGAUAAGAAGCAAAUGGUGGAACAGAGGAUUCUUUAGUGGCAAAGGAUACUUACUCAAGAGAUUAACACUUUCCACACAGUUUUCUCAACUGAAAAGGGGUUUUCUGGUCCGCAACAUUGGAUUUUACAUUUUGUUUGACUGACGCAGCAUCGUUUUGGAGUAUCUUAUUUGGAGAUUUCAGUCAUUUUAUUCUACAUUUCGUGGAAGAAACAAUCUUUAAAAGAAUAUACCCGGACGAGACGAAGUUAUGGAGAUGCCAAUGAAAUAAAACCUGUAUCUCCAGGUCAAAUGACCGCUUUCACUCGUUCUCCAAUUUAACCACCUUAUAUAUGACAUGGAAAAACGGGGACUCCACAGCGUCCUUUAUUAUUUCAUUCUGAAUGCGCCCCUGCUAUUCUGUGUAAAUGCCACAUUUACUGAAGUGCCCAAAGAUGUGAGUGUCGGUGAGGGCGAGGAUAUAGAGAUGCCGUGCGCUUUUCGAGCCGUCGGAGUCUCGCCGUUCUCUCUGGAGAUUCAAUGGUGGUACCUCAAGGAAGCGGCCCCUAAAGAGCUCGCUCACGAACUGCAAAUUAGCGCUCCGGCCAACAGAGCCAAGGUUGCCCACCGGGACGCCACGAAGAUAAGCACGGUGAGGGUCCAAGGCAACGCCAUUUCCCACAAGCUCAGCAUAUCGGGUGUGAAGAAGGAGGAUGAGGGAGUGUAUGAAUGUCGGGUUUUGGACUUGUACUCUGAUGAGACUCAGGAAUACAAGGUGCAGGCCACUCUGCGCGUGACACCGCGCGAGGGAAUGCUGGCCGAGGAGGCCGUGUCUCACAUCCAGAACCGAUGGCCACUGAGGAACAGCAACACAGCGACAGGUGGACGGGCUACUUCUGAACCAGGCCAGGGGCAGGGAAAACCCCGUGUGCCUCCGCCGGUUGGAAUGGGACCCGCUCCCGCUUCAACGACUACUGCGGGAUCUGCAGUCAAGUCGUCAGCUUCGCCUCGGCCAGGCAAUUCAUCUAUCCUGAGACAACAGCACGGAUCCGGUUCUGGAACCAUGGCAGCCACUGAACCACUCCUUUACAUCACUCUGCUGAUCCUGCAUAAGCUCCUCCCCUUCCUGUUUGCCUACUAAGAGACCACAGCCAAACAACUCGCAAUGAUUUCACUUUAUGUACCAAACGACAAAGGGAAAAUAUAACUACGUAUAUAUAAAUAUAUAUAAAUAUAUCUACCAUUAUGGCACAUCACAGAGAGGGAUGGGAUAUGACUUUGGAGAAAACAAAAAUAUCAAAUAAUAAAGAGAAGGCCAUUUUCUUUUCUGGGACUUAUGUAGAAGAUCUGUCUCAGAUUUGGAUGUAAAAUGGAUUCUAUAUGAAGCAUGAUGAAAAAAAAACAACACAAAAAAAUUAAAAUGAGUCUAUGUGAAUUAGAGCUUCACAACUGUGUCAUACACACAACUGACAUCCAUAAACGCUGCAUCCAGUUUCCAAAUACUAGUGUUUGCCUUGCUAAAUGCAUGGCUGUCUUAAUUUAUUAUUAUUAUUUUAUUUUUAUUUUUAUUUUUAUUGUUUUUCAGUUAUCAAUUAAGGUAUUUGUUUGUUUUCCAGCUCACUACGGUUUUAAUUUUAGCAUUGUUCUUACUGGAGUAUCUGAUGUUGAAUCAUAAAUGACUUGGUCUUUUGAGAUCACAUUGUUUUAUUGUUGGUUUUGUUUUAUCAUUUUAUCAACUUUUUUUCUUUUCUUUUGCAUGAACUGUUCAGCAGUCUCAUUUUUCAUUUCAUAAAUGUGAAAGAAGGCGCUUUCUCAUGUCAGUUCUUUCUACAAGACUGUGUGUAAUACUGUGUAUUCUGUUUCCUCACAUCUGACUUCUGAGUUCUCAAGCAUUUUUUGUCUCAUAAUGUAUAAAAUUGCAACCUUAUAUAUUUUGAUCAAAUAAGGCACAUGUUACCAUAGUGGUUGUUAGUCACCUCUAAUAAUGUUUAUUUUUAUUAAAGGUAUGGUGGUCAAAAUAAGACAUUCAUUUAUAAAAUUAAAAAAAAAAAAAAAAAAAAAAAAAAAUGGAAAAAAAAAAAACAUUGGUAUGUUGCCAACACAGUUGAAAUAAAAGUUGUUUCUUUUCAAAAAAAAAAAAAAAAAAAAAGUUAUUUAGAUUUUUACAUCUCAACAGCACUUUGUUUUUGUUUUAUUCAGGUGCACAAACACCAGGCAGCUGCAUGACGGUAGCGUCUCAGCUAAACACUUCAGCCUCCCACGGGUGUCAUGAACUGUAAUGUAUUCUUCACAAUAGGAUAGGCCCAAUUCCAGCUGAAAAACACAUUACUCUCGCAAGCAUCACCAACUGAGCACAGCUGGCGUACAACUCAUGGUUCAUUUCAUUAGUCAAAUGCACGUCACCCUGUCAAAUAACUCUUAACUCUCUGCUGCUGUCUUCACUGAACCCUGCUCCACUCUCUUCCGCUCUACCUAAACACAUCUCCUGAUGAAUGGCAGAGGCAUUGUUCCUUGCUAAAACACUGCAUUCUAUUGUCUUAAUGGAAGCCUGCAAGGCAUCACAAACCAGACUCUCACUGACUUAGACAUUCAUUGUGUUUAUCGCCUCCGAGUAACUGACUUUCACUCACUUUAAAUUUAACAAGCACAAUGAAAAGUCAUCUUCCUUUCAAUGGAAUAAAUAACAGUUUAUACAAACAAAUGGAUCCAAGGGGUAAAAACGAGAAUCAAGCAACUAUCCACCACAACAUUAGCAUUUUUCUUUUUUAAAACAAAAUGAGCUAGGUUGCUUUUAUUCUGCUUGGUGAAGGCCUCUUCUCCCUAUCAAAUUAAUGAGUGUUUGACGUGGCCAUUUAUAUGUGUUACAUAACAAGGCCCUGAGUGCUUUCCUCAUGGCUGUAAAUCAUCCCUCAUUCAAGUAAAUAACACAGCUCCCUCUUAUUUCCUGUCCUGCUUCCUUCUAAAAUCCACUUCUCAAGGAAGCAUCCGAGAUAGACAGCAAAAUCCCGCUGUGGAUUUGAUACAGAUUCACUCAUGUAAGACACAUCAGUUGACAAUAACAAAGUGCAUAGUGGUUAUAAUUGCUUUGUCAAUGAUUAAUUAAUUUGCACUCUUUCUCUGGCAGUCAAUGAGAAUUAAAAUGACAUUGCCACAGAGGAUUGAAGAUGUAUAUUUGGUUGCUCUUUUAUAGCUUCUUAAUUUUGUCUCAGAUAUUCAAUUAAAUAAUUCCUUAGGAAAAAAUAAAAUGAGACAAUUACUGUCAUAUAAUAAAAGUGCAGAGCUAUAAAAUUAAUGUUUGUUGUUAAAUUUCAUAUGAUUUGGUUUUGAAAGAAUGAUCAGAAAUGUUUGCAUUAACAUUAAAGAUGUACACUCAAAAAAAUGGUGUAGGAUUUACCCCGAAACAAUUUUCACCCAGAAAUUGCAAGUAAAUUUCACAAAUAAAUGCAGAAACAGAAAAUAACACAUUGAAUUAAACAUGAAAUAUUGAUGUAGAAAGACUGAAGGAGUAUUUUCUUGUAAGACGUACUCUGAUAAUCUUUGUUUUAUUUACAACUUCGAGGAAAACAAUAACAGAAACAUUUUUUUUUACAGUAUGCAUGCAAAUCUGAGAACAAUUUGUGACACAGAGAUCUACCCUGAUAUAGAGGAGACUCAUGAGAUUAUAAGGAUUGUUAUCUUAUGAUAAAAAUCUGAAAAGCAGGACACAUUUCUGGUUUCCAUUAUGGUCGCAUUACUGAGAAACAACAGAGAUAUGAAAGAGAUCUCAUUCAUCAUAUUAUCUAAUAUGCAGAAAGCCUAAAGUAAAAUGCUGUUGCUUUAUGACAACUUUGUGUGCUUCAGUUAUGCUUGUGCCUAAUGGGAACAGCCAAAUGCUGAUAUCCCUGGGAUUUUAAACAUUGCGGAUUAAAAAUAAAUGGUAUGGCACAUUACAAAGAAGAUUUUCCUUACAUAUAUAUUGUAGGCUAUAUAAGCACGUUUGAUCCAGAAAAUCACAAGUUCAUAUUACAUCUGCGGUAAAAAGGGAUAGAAGAGGUUAAUGCUGCAGCUCCAGUACUUAACUGUGGUGACUUUUCUUUUAUAAGGUGAAAUAAAAUGUGCACUGGGCACAAUGCACGCAAUAUUUAAGUAAUAUGCCAAAAUAAAUAAAAUUGCAAUCUUAAGAUGUU